GCUCUCCCGCGCUGAGGAAGAGAGCUGCGGAUAUUACAGCAAUACCUAAAAUCUAGAGAAUCGAGCAAAUAAACAAACAGGAGUUUUCUGUCUUAAAGGUCUGCUGCGCUCUUAUUUCCCUCUGUUUCGGGUGAUUUAUGAGGAGUAGAUAUUAUUCCGCGGGUAUUGGGGGAGUUUAGAGGCUUAUUUCGGUAUUAAAAGCUCGAUCUGACAGUUUGGUGAGUGUUGUCCGGAGAGAGACGAGCUGAGAGAGAGAGAGUCCGCCGAAAAACGGAUUAAAACCAUGGAGAGAAACAGCCGCCGCUCCAGCCCCGACACCCGCUCCUAACCCGGGGUGUGUGUGAGCUGCCCAAUCAGUCGCAGGUAAUCGAGGUCAGUGCGGUUGGCUGUGGUCAGUCGGACGUGAGGUAGAGCUGAAAGCUUGACGAUGGCGUGGGCUUUGAAGUUACCCCUCGCUGACGAGGUGAUCGAGUCCGGGCUGGUGCAGGACUUCGACGCCAGUCUGUCCGGUAUUGGGCAGGAGCUGGGAGCUGGAGCCUACAGUAUGAGUGACGUUCUGGCUCUCCCCAUCUUUAAACAAGAAGAGUCUAAUCUGCCUCCCGACAGCGAAAACAAGAUCCUUCCUUUCCAGUAUGUUCUGUGUGCUGCUACAUCACCUGCUGUCAAACUACAUGACGAAACGCUCACCUACCUCAACCAAGGACAGUCUUAUGAAAUUCGAAUGCUGGACAAUCGGAAAAUGGGUGAGCUGCCAGAGAUCACAGGGAAGAUGGUGAAGAGUAUCCUUCGUGUGGUGUUCCACGACCGCCGGCUGCAGUAUACGGAGCAUCAGCAGCUGGAAGGAUGGCGCUGGAAUAGACCGGGUGACAGAAUCCUCGAUCUAGAUAUCCCGAUGUCUGUGGGCAUUGUGGAUCCCAGGGCAAACCCUACACAGCUCAACACAGUGGAGUUCCUGUGGGACCCCUCGAAGCGGACUUCAGUUUUUAUUCAGGUUCAUUGCAUCAGCACAGAGUUCACCAUGCGUAAGCACGGCGGAGAGAAGGGGGUGCCGUUCCGCAUCCAAAUCGACACCUUCAAGGAGAAUGAAGCAGGAGAGUACACUGAACACCUGCACUCCGCCAGCUGCCAAAUCAAAGUCUUCAAGCCCAAAGGAGCUGACAGAAAGCAGAAGACAGAUCGAGAAAAAAUGGAGAAGAGAGCACCUCAGGAAAAGGAAAAAUACCAGCCAUCCUAUGAAACUACUAUCCUUACUGAGUGCUCUCCAUGGCCUGAGGCUACUUAUGUGAACAACUCUCCAUCACCAGGCUUCAGCACCACCACCCACAACAGCUUUCCUGUUAUUGAAGGGAAUGGAUCACCAAAUCACCAGCCAGAGCCAGUGGCACCGAUAGCAGACAAUCUGUUGCCCACGGCAACGCCACAGGAAGCGCAGCAGUGGCUCCAUAGAAACCGCUUUUCGCCAUUCUGCCGUCUCUUCACAAACUUCUCGGGGGCAGACCUGCUGAAGCUGACGAGAGAGGAUGUCAUUCAGAUAUGUGGUCCAGCUGAUGGCAUACGACUCUUCAACGCGUUGAAAGGACGAGUGGUUCGCCCCAGACUCACGAUUUAUGUGUGCCAGGAAUCGCAGCAGGCCAGAGAACAGCAGAAACAUGAGAAUGGUGAUGGCUCCAGCAGCGCAUAUUUUGUGUACCAUGCCAUUUACCUGGAGGAGCUCACGGCCGUUGAACUGACAGAGAAGAUAGCUCAGCUUUUUAACAUCUCUCCACGCCAGAUCAGUCAGAUUUUCAAACAGGGACCCACGGGCAUUCAUGUGCUGGUCAGCGAUGAGAUGAUUCAGAACUUUCAGGAUGAGGUGUGUUUUGUCUUGGACACGAUGAAAGCCGAGACGAACGAUGGCUAUCACAUCAUCCUGAAGUGAGAGCGCGGGACGGGGGUAGAGAGAUGGCCCCCUUUUUUCGUCAGAUUAACCCCACCCAUCACCCACAACCAAACCCCCCACACCCCUACGUCAGCACGCAGCCUGCAGCCCCUUGCCCUCCACUCUUCCUGGGAAGCGCUUACGACUGUUCAGCUUGGAACGAGCUUGGAGGUCAUCGUGGGACAGGGGAGAUGCGUCUGAUGUCUGAUUCGUUCUGUUCAGAAACCCCUACUGAUUUACUGUUUUACUCCCGACAGAGUUUCUGUACUGCCAGUAAUGCCCCGCCCCUUUUACUUCACGGAAUAUAUAUAUUUUUGUUUUGCUUUGUCAAUUUUGUUUUCUUUCUUUUUUUUUUUUUCUUUUAAAGUGUCUUUUCGUUAACAUUCAUGCCAAAGCCUGUUGCCUGAAAGUGACUGAAUGGGCUGUUGUUGAGUUAGCUUCAGAAAUAAUCUGAAUUGUCUAAUAUAUUCAUAUCUGAAACGUAAGACAUGCUGCCUACUCAGGCAGGAUUCUGAGGCAGAAAAGCUUAGUAACCUAGCCUUCUGUUUAAUUGGGCAAUGCUAAUAGUGAUGCUAAAUGCUAACAGCUAAUGAAAACACAGCUAAAUGCUUAUAUGUAGCAGUAAACUAACCCUGUACUUUGGCAAUGUCGGAACAUAUUUUUUAUUUCUCUCUUUCGGUUCGGAUACAGAGACCUUUAUCAAUACACUGCCUUCUAAGUGAGCUAGUGUGGCAAGGAAGGCGACGAGUCAGCACAUAUUGCGUUCGAGACACAGCCAGAAUAUGACCUAUAUUCCUUAAUCUUAUGCGUUAAAUCCUUAUACGUUAAGUCCUCAUACUCUAUGCCGUAGCUUGACGAGCACAUCCCAAGAAAUGUAACUAAACCUUGCACAGCACUGACAGCAGUUUGUGCUUUGUGUAAUUGGUCUGCCAAGCCUUGUCAUCCCGCCCACACAUUGCCACACAAUGCCUUCGCAAUUUAAACUGCAGAGGGACGCAGGCAAACCAGUGCACAAGUAUAAACGUGCACAGCGGCAUAGGGUGCUCGCACAGGCGACACAUAAUUCGGGUUUAUUUUUUUAAAUAUUCUGCAUCGAGUCAAUGCGUUUUUUUUAUUUUGUAUGAUGUCUAGUUAUCUUUCUGGACAGGUGCUCAUCAGGCUAUGGCAUAGAUUUGACGCAGAAGUAUACAUUGGCCAGUAGACAACACUUUAACACAAAAGUAUGCAAAAGUCUUAACCAGAGCUUGUUUUAGUCCCUGCAGGUGAGACUAGAGAUGAGAAUAGAGAUGGGUAUCUGUGUGAUGCUAAUGCGAGGCUAGGCUAAUUCGUUUGCUUAUUCAUCAGUUCAUUAAAGCCUCCUUAAUAAAUGAACGAUGCGCCUUUUGAAAAUGUUCAGCAUUCUGUUUUCCAGCGACUUUUUUCCUGUAGAAAUGGAGGGCUGGUUAAAGAUUAAAGACUGAUCAGUAUCAAGUCUUUACUGAUUAGUUGGGAGAUACUGAAUGCUAAAUAUAAGCAGGUUUUUUUUUUUUGUUUGUUUGUUUUUUCAGUUUGCAUUUUCCAGUGUCUCCAGAGAUCUUAAUUUUCUCAUAUGCUGUUGACAUAUACAUGUUGUGAUAUCAGAGCCAAGUCCUUUGUCAGUGAGCUUAUUAGCUUAUGGCAAGUACUGAACAUGCUAAGCUUGAUAUGUUUGCAGUUCGCAGUCUUAUUGAGUUACAAUAGAAUUCUAUGGUGUAAAGAUGAGUAAAUGUUGUGUACCUCAUUUAUUAACAUUAUUGUCAGUCUUUAAGCAGUUGUUCUUUCUAUUGCUGAUCAUGUGACUCAUUGAAUUAGUUCAUAAAGGUUCUUAAAUGCACACUACAUCAUCUCUUACUGUUUCAUCAUCUUUACUGUUCAGACAGUACACUCAAACGGCACCACCAGGCAUUCUUCAUGCUUUUUUAUUUGCUCUUUUUUCAUUUUUCUCAUUUGUUACAUUUCUCGUUUGUUGUAAUCAUCAUCGUCAUCAAAAGCUCUGGCAUUAGAAUAUACUUUUUACAUUUGCAAACUUGCCUUUUAUCUUUUAGGAGGGAACUGUUUAUGUUGAUGAAUCAUGUUUUAUGUGAGUCUGCAGUCCAGCACAUCCUUUACUGGUCAUUCACGUUGUUGAGCUGGUUAUGAACACUGCAGUGCAAAUCCAUCUGGGGUGAAAAUGAUGCAGUUGAACUGUGUUUGAGGGUAAAGAUGGAUAGCUGUGCUAAAUGUAAGAAGAUAAAAGAGAUAAAGAGGUCACUUGAGGCAUUGUCCACCUUUCCCCCUGUUCCCACAUCAUUACAACAAUUAAAAUGUGGCUUAGCCAUCAAACA